UUAAUUCAUUUUGAAUUGAGACGUAGCCUUCCAAUCCUCCCGUCAAAAUAAUAUUCGGCAGCUUUUUUUCCCUCGACUGCUUGUUUGACUGGUAAGGUUAAAGUCCGCUGCUUGUGCGGAGUGAGACAGUCGUUGCACAGAAGUUCUAUUAGACUUUUCAAGUGCUGUCACUAUGGAUGGGGAGCCCCUCUCAGCCCUGUGUACGCCUGCUCUGGUGGUCGAUGUGGACAAAGUGAAGAAAAAUGCUCAGAGGAUGAUUGAACGCUGUGAGAAGCUCGGAGUGCAGCUUCGCCCUCACAUGAAGACCCACAAAACUCUUGAGUGUGCUGACAUCAUGACAGGCGGUUCACGACGGUGCAUUGUGGUUUCCACCCUGGCAGAGGCCUGUUUUUAUGCUGACCACGGAUUUGAUGACAUCCUCUAUGCUUAUUCUCUUCCUUUUGAUAAGGUGGAGCGUUGUGCCAUCUUGUCAGAGAGACUGGAACUCUUUCAAGUUUUACUGGACCAUCCUGAUGCUCUAGAACAGCUUAAAAAGAGACCGUUGAGAGACGGGCGACUGUGGCAUGUCUGGAUGAAACUGGACUGCGGCAACGGUAGAGCCGGCAUCCUGCACUCGGAACCCGAAGCGCUCAGACUGGCGCGGGCCAUUGCCGAGGCGGCCGGUGUGCAGCUCACGGGAGUGUACGCUCACUGCGGGAACACCUACAACUGCAAAGGAGUCCGGGAAAUCCAGGCUGUCGCAAAGGAGACGACCAGCUUCACUCUGCAGUUCAUGGAAAAGUUAAAGGCUGUUGGCAUCACCUGCAAGUCCAGCAUUGGCUCCACACCCUCCUGUAGUCACCCAGUCCAGGACAUGGCAAAGCUUAGUGAGGUGCAUCCAGGAAAUUUUGUCUUCUAUGAUGUGCAGCAGUCUCUCAUUGGCUCAUGCGGAGUUGAAGAGGUGGCUGUGCGGGUUUUGACAAGAGUCAUAGGUCACUGCCCUCACAGGAACCAGCUACUGAUUGACUGUGGAUGGACUGGGUUAAGUUUGGAUGGGGCUGGAAAACUUCCAACAGGAUACGCUGUCAUUGAAGGCCACCCCAAUCUCAAGCUAUUGUCCAUGACUCAGGAGCAUGGAAGAGUGGAGCCUAUCUCGGGGAAACUCGAUUACAGCAUGUACCCGCUGGGCUCUCUGCUCACACUGAUUCCUUACCACUCAUGUGCAACGGCAAUGAUGCAUCCUGUGUAUCAUGUACACUCGGAGGGCAUUCUUGUGGACAAGUGGAUACCAACACGUGGAUGGUGAAAAGAUGGAAAUAUAGACUGAAUUCAGCCUGCAGCAAAAUUGAGUCCAAUCCAUAGAUUUUAUUUUCCUCAGUGCAAACACUAUGCAAGACAAUAAAUUUAGCAAUUUGUGUGAAUUUAA